UCGAGGGGAGGGGGGUCGCGGGGCUCAGAGCAGAAGGAAGAAACUCGUUCGUGUUCUGUCUCCCCUUACCUUCACUUCGGAUUGCGUUCUCCCCGCUCCGCUCGCCAUGGCCUAUCCUGGAUACGGAGGUGGGUAUGGAGGUUACAGUGGUCAGAUGCCUGGAAUGCAGAUGCAAAUGGGACAGCCUAUGCCAGGAACAGUACCAAAUAUGCCUCAUGGUGGAUACUCUGGAUACUCAGCAUAUUCUGGUGGUUAUUCAGCGAGUGACCCUAUGUGGACUUACUUUACUGCUAUUGCUGGACAGGAUGGUGAAGUGGAUGCUGAAGAGCUUCAGAGAUGCUUAACACAGUCUGGGAUUAGUGGAACCUAUUCUCCAUUCAGCUUGGAAACCUGCAGAAUUAUGAUCUCUAUGUUGGAUAGGGAUUUCACAGGAAAAAUGGGAUUUAAUGAAUUCAAGGAACUUUGGGCAGUUCUUAAUGCCUGGAAGCAGAACUUUAUGAUGAUUGAUCAGGACCGAAGUGGGACUGUUGAGCUUCAUGAACUGAGUCAAGUCAUUGCAGCUAUGGGUUAUAGGUUAAGUCCUCAGACAUUAACUGCCAUUGUAAAGCGUUAUAGCAAGAAUGGUAGAAUCUUCUUUGAUGAUUAUGUUGCUUGCUGUGUGAAGCUCAGAGCAUUGACAGAUUUCUUUAGGAGAAGAGACAGCAUGCAGCAAGGUUUUGUGAACUUUGUAUAUGAUGAUUUUUUGCAGGGUACUAUGGCCAUAUGAGUGCCCAACUAAUAAAGAAUGUUGGGGGAGAGAGAAUCCUGUGAAUUCUUCUGCUCAGAAAGAAUUAUUACUGAAUCUGUUGUGAACUGAAGCUCAUUUGGACUUCUCUUUGUUCCUACCUGUUAUCUGUAUAACUGUUUUAAUCUUAGUGCACAGUUCAGAGCAAUAAAAAUUGUUUUGUUUACGAUGUCAUAAUUUGAAAAAACAUUAUUGCAUAUUUUUCGUCUGUGUAAUGUAAAAUAACAUGAUUAAUGAAAAGUAAAUACCAAGCAUGAGACUGAUCUUUUUACCUUUAUAGUCUUGGGUGAUUUUGGCUUUAGUUUGUAUUUAACCAGAAUGAAAAAUUGAAAAAUAUUUAGGUAAAAAGUCUAACACUUGAAAAUAAACUUUUUCCUUUAGUUUAUAAACAUUAUCUAUAAACAUUAGGGAAUUAAUGAAAAGGAGCUGGGUUUUUGUACCCAUGUUUGUUGAUCAUGUAAUUAGGAAACAAAAACCUAAUUGUACCCAAUGUGAAAAACAGAAGUAAUAGUCUGAUGAUCAAUUACCUGAGAAUUGUCACUGUAUUUAUUAUGUGAACCAAUAGAUCUAAGAUUUUCUUUGCUGUUCUUUGCUAACAUUUUUUUCAUCCAUUUCAUUUGUUUAUUUUAGUGACAAUCUACAAUUCACGGUUUUAUUUGACCUCCUCACUUUAAUUAGUAAAAGUAAAACUUGACAGCAUGACAUUAAGAGAAUGUGGCUUAUAUCCUAGUAUCUGUAAUGAAGGCACUUUAAAUAGAAAUGUCAACAUUUAUUACUCACUGUAAGUUUUACAUGGUGCCAAAAGAAUGGUUGAAUAUUUAAAAGAAAUUAUCUAGCCAGUUGUUUUGUUUAAAACCUUUUUAAAGAACAACUUUGAUUUAUUUAAUUGAAUUGUUUUGGCACUGAUCCAACAACAGAUGUUUUAACUGUUUCAUAACCUGUGCAAAUUAGUGUGCUAGGUACUAUAAGAACUUAGAACUUCACUUAGGACUCAUGUUGCAAUAACUGGAUAAUUGGCUCCUUUUGGCCUACCGUUAGUAGAUACAUUAACUGUGGGAGGUGUCUUAUUUUAUUUAGCCUAGUAUGGUGAUAAAAACAAAGGACAAGGAGUCAGGAGACCUGGAUCCCAUUUCCAUCUCUACCAUUAGCAAAUUUUAGUUUCAGUGAGAGCAGUUUCCUUAUUUGUAAACUGAAGGGGUUAAACUAUAAUACCUCUAUGGUCCCAUUUAUUUCUAAGCUUCUAGCUCUUUUUCUUCAUAGACAUUUCUAAUUUUACUUUAAACAUUUCAAGGAACUUGAAAAUAGAAAAAGACUAAGUUAUAUAUUACUUGAAAAGCUUCUGAAGGGUUAGUGGCACUGUACAACAUGAGAACAUAGUUAACAUGUGGUAUAUGAGCUAAGUGAUAUACUGAUUUUUUUUUCUAGUUUCCAAAAAGUAAUUUAACAUUUAAAGUUACAGUGGUUUAGGAGAAAUAACAAUUAUCCAUUUAAAGCAUGAGGGCAGAUGGCAGCAUAUUGAUAAAAACUUUCAUAGCACAAAUAGAAAUUUAAAUCAACAUUCACUUUUAUAAUUUCUGAAAAGCAAAGUAUAGCCAAUUUGACAUUGCUAAGCCUACAGUAACUGGUUGCCUUGAAAUUUCAGUAAGUAAAAUGUAUAUUUUUAAACUUGAACGUUUAAAGAGGACUUAUCUGGAAAUCAUGCACAGUCUUUAAAUUCUCUCUACUCCCAUAAAUACCUUUCCCCUCUUAAAUACUGCCUACUCCCAUCAACUGUUCAGUCUGCUUUCAUAUGACAACAGUUUGUCAGUGUGGGAGGAAGUUGACUGAGCCAUAGUAAAAUAUGUUUUUUUCAUUUAGACUUUAUAGAAAGAAUCAUAAGCUGUAGCUAACAGUAGAGGUAAGGACUAGAUCUAUUAUUACAUUGGUAUAGGGAAAUCCCAGGAGAUGAAACUCCCUCUACCUGUACAGAUUUGUAUCCUCUCAGCAACUGACAGUCUUAGAAAAUUGCCAAGGCACAGAAAGGUAAGGGACUUGACCAGAUAGUCUGUGUCAAAGGUAGGAAUUGAGCCCAUGUUCAUAGCUUUAAGGCCUACUUUUCACCCACUAAACCAGAAUUACCAGACUUGCAGCCUGCAAACUCUUCAGUGCUGCCUGGACCAGAUUAAAAUGUUUAAUAAAAUAAAUAAAAAUACUGUACAACAUAGAUAAUAUUAAUUUGUGGUUUUCUAAGUCAGUAUGCAUCCCACAGGAAUCAUUUCUGUUUGAGUUUGAUACCACUGCACUAUACUACGCUGUCUCUCUAUUAUAGCUGUUAUUUGCAACUAAUUUGCUCAGUUUAAACAACCUUUUUAUUGAGUAUGAUAAUUUUAUACUUCUCUUUUUUUUAAGAUGUGUACCUGUAGUCCCAGUGCCUUUUGCACAUGGUGGUCAAAGGUUGAGAUGAAAACGUAGAACUGCAUUAAAAUCACCAUUUAUAUUUCUGCCAAACACUUUGUUUUGUAGUUUUGAUGUGUUUAAUUCUUGUAAAUCGCUAGAUAAUUGUGUUGCUUUUUACAUUAAUUUAAAUAUUUUCAUAAAAUAUUAAACAUAAUUAUGAUUUUGCUCAUUAUUUUUAUAUUAAAAUGCAAUCAGCUUUUGAAGUUCUUAGUCUUUUUGUUAUAAUAAUUGCAGAAAUAUUUAUAAAAUACCCAAAUCCAGUGACUUUAAAAAAUUAAGUAGUUGUAUAUAGACCUUACUCUGUGCUCAUGACUGGAUUAUAAGUGUGGUUGGUUGGUUUAUUUUGUGAAGUCAGUUCUGUUCUAAGUUUUCUUGUUAGUGUUGUAAAUUAUUGAGUAAUUUACACUGUCAAUGUACAAGUGCUUUUAUUUGUACAGUAAACAAUGAUCCAAGUCAUCUUGAGAAUUUUUUUGUAGAAAUAAACAUCCAAAUAGCUUUCUGUAAAAUUUUGCAUUAUACAAAAAUCUGUUAACAUACAUAUGAGAUGCUACAGUUCAUAAAAACAGUGCAGUAGUUCACCUAGGUCUAAAAAACUGCCAGAUUACAAAUAUCAGGCAUUGCAAUUCUAUGUCAAGGUGGCAGCAUAGAUAUUUUCUGUUCCAGUGAUAAGGAAGUGUGGAGCCAUCUUAAUGGACAGCCUUAAUUUGGUCCAUCUUAAUGCCAAGUAAGUGGAUUGUGCUCUUUUAAACUUCAUAAGCAUGCAUUCAGCAAGCAGAGUAGCACAAAAUCAAGAAUGCAUUACUAAAUUAUGACUAUUUGCCACAUGUAUUUAUAUUUAGAAAAGGCAUUUUACCCAUGAAGUAAAUGUGUGGGAUUCAUUGUGAUUUCUAUUUUGUGCAUCGUUUUAAAAAAUACUGAAAUUCAUUCUUAGGAUUAUUUCUCUAGCUAAAAUAGAGAAAUCAAAUGAAAUGUAAUCUUGUAUGUUGUCAUCACUCAGAUUAAUUAAGCUUUAAUAAAUUAUCUAUGAGAAAUUAGA